AGUCACCCGGAGGACGGCGGUAGGGUCGGAAGGUGUCGGAGAAUGGCGGGGGGAGAUGCAGGUGACUCGAGGGAUCUCGACGAGACGCCGACGUGGGCCGUGGCGGCUGUCAGUUCGGUUUUCAUUCUCAUCUCCCUAUUGCUGGAGAAGGGACUGCAUCACCUUGGAGAGUGGCUUACAAAGAAGCACAAGAAGACUCUCUUUGAUGCCCUCGAGAAAGUUAAAGCUGAGUUGAUGAUUCUUGGUUUCAUUUCGUUACUGCUGACCGUUGGAGAGACUUACAUCACCAAAAUAUGCAUACCCUAUAAAGUUGCAGAAACCAUGUUGCCAUGCCCUCCUAACGACACAUUGACAUCAGAGGCAGGUGGAGGAAACCAUAGGAGACUGCUCAUGGACCAAAAUGCCAAGCGUAGGAUCUUGGCAGCUGGUUCACCUGCUUCAUGUCCCAUGGGAAAGGUGCCACUUAUAUCUGUAAAUGGAUUACAUCAGUUGCACAUUUUCAUCUUUUUCUUGGCUGUGCUCCAUGUAGUAAAUAGUGCUGUUAUAAUGGCCUUGGGAAGAGCAAAGAUACAUGCAUGGAAGGAGUGGGAAAAGGAGACUCAAUCAGUUGAUUAUGCAUUCUCGAGUGAUCCAUCAAGAUUCAGGUUUGCUGAUGAGAUAACAUUUGUCAAGCGACACGCAAGCUUUUGGAACAGAAUCACAAUCUUGUUAUACGUUGUAAGCUUCUUUAAUCAAUUCUUGAGGUCUGUUAGUAAAGUUGAUUACUUGACUAUGCGCCACGGUUUUAUAAGUGUCCACCUGGCUCCGGGAACAAAAUUUAAUUUCAAAAGAUACAUCAAAAGGGCUAUGGAGGAUGACUUCAAGGUAGUUGUUGGGGUCAGUCCUAUUUUAUGGGCUUCUGCUGUGAUAGUUUUGCUUCUUAAUGUUCAUGGAUGGCAGGAACUAUUCUGGGCAUCAAUGGUUCCUCUAGUUAUAAUUUUGGCAGUUGGAAUGAAGCUGCAGGCAAUUAUAUCAAUGAUGGCUAAUGAAAUCCGAGAGAGGCAUACAGUUGUCCAGGGCAUUCCUCUGGUGCAUCUCAGUGAUCAACACUUUUGGUUUGGGCACCCUAGAUAUGUUCUGUUUCUACUCCAUUUGGCACUGUUUCAGAAUGCAUUUCAGAUUACAUACUUCUUUUGGAUAUGGUAUGAGUUUGGGCUGAAGUCUUGUUUCCACAAUGAAUUUAAGUUCAUCAUCGCGAGAAUUAUUAUCGGAGUUGGGGGCCAAAUUUUAUGCAGCUACUUUACACUUCCACUAUAUGCACUUGUAUCUCAGAUGGGGUCACACUUGAAGAGGUCCAUAUUUGACGAACACACGAGCAAGGCUCUCAAGAGAUGGCAUCAAGGCGUGAAGAAGAAGCUUAAAGAAACUUCACAAUCUGGAUCAAGGACCCCGAGCCCUAGGGUGAGCCCAAGGGCGAGUCUAAACGUAUCCCCUGUUCAUUCGAUGCAUCGAUACAGAUCGAUAGGCCACAUGGGGGAAGCACACUACCGUUCUCCACGGAGAGGUGCCUCGGACCAUGGCAAUUCAGGUGGAGAAGUCGAGAUAUCCUCCUUGCAGAUCAACCAGGGGGCUGGACCAACCGAGCAACAGCUGCAUGUGAAAGAAGGACAAGAUCAAGAAAACUUCUCAUUCUCAUUUGCACAACUUCCUGCUCAAAGUGGACAGCAAUCAGAGUGAUGGCCUUUCAUGAUCAUGUCUGAUUGUAAAAUUGCUUGCAAAAGGCAUGCCCUGAACUUGUAACAAUUGCUUGUUUGCGUGGUUAUAUGGUCUUAUAAUAACAUCACGAGCUUGUACAAAGCAGCUUGUAAGUAUGGAUUCAUCAGUUUACCUGGAUUUCUUAAUGUUUACAUAUAUUUAUGUUAACGUUGAUGGUCUGAAGA